GCAGCCGGGAGGCGGCGACGGCGGCGGCCGGGAGGCAACCCUCCUUUCGCUCUCCCAAGCCCCGCUUUGCUUUGGCGGGUCGAUGGAUCUCUGAGCGAGGGAGGGAUCCAGGCGGGGAGGAGGGAGGUGAAUGCCCCCUCUUCAGUGCCUUUGCACCAACAGCAGCAGCAAAACUUCUGAAGGUUUGGAGAAUUGUAAAACAACGGCCAAGAAGGACUAUAACAGUAUUAUAAUUCAACUUACUGGACGUGCCAAAUCUCAAUAUGUAUCACUCUGUUUCUGGAGCUAGUCAUCCUUUGCAAGUUGAAGAGCAAGAAAUAGGGAUUGAUCCCCUUCAGUGUUAUGGGAACAAAACUGAUGAAGAUGUGUCAAAUGAAAAUGGAAGAGUACAGCUUACUUUGGAUACUGAUGGGAUCUUUUUAUCAUAUAGUAAAGAAUGGGAAGAAUUAUUUGUAAACAACAAUUACUUGGCAACCAUACGGCUGAAGGGGAUUAAUGGGCAGCUGAGAAGCAGCAGGUUUCGUAGUGUUUGCUGGAAGCUAUUUCUGAAUAUUCUACCUUCUGAUAGAAAUCAUUGGAUUACAAAAACAAUAAAAUUAAGAGCAUUAUACAAUAAUGUAAAAGAAAUUCAUAUUACAAACCCUCGGAAAGCUGGUCAGCAAGACGUAAUGAUCAACAAUCCACUCUCACAGGAUGAAGGGAGUCUUUGGAACAGAUUUUUUCAGGACAAAGAACUUCGAGGAAUGAUUGAACAAGAUGUAAAACGAACCUUUCCUGAAAUGCAGUAUUUCCAGGAAGAAAAUGUGAGGAAAAUUCUUACGGACAUUCUCUUCUGUUACGCUCGGGAAAAUGAGCAGUUACUUUAUAAACAGGGUAUGCAUGAACUUUUAGCACCUAUUGUCUUUAUUCUGCAUUGUGACCACCAAGCUUUUCUACAUGCAAGUGAAGCAGCACAACCAAGUGAGGAAAUGAACGUUCUUUUGAAUCCUGACUACCUGGAGCAUGAUGCCUAUGCAAUGUUCACUCUUCUAAUGAAAACAGCGGAACAUUGGUUUUCAACUUAUGAACAUGACAGUCAAAAGGAAAAAGAUGCUGUGAUGACCCCUAUUCCGUUUGCAAGACCACAAGAUUUAGGUCCAUCAAUAGCCAUUGUUGCAAAAGUUAAUCAGAUCCAAGAUCAUUUGCUAAAGAAACAUGACAUUGAGCUCUACAUGCAUCUGAAUAGGCUUGAGAUUGCACCUCAGAUUUAUGGACUGAGAUGGAUAAGGCUUCUAUUUGGACGAGAGUUUCUCCUUCAGGACCUUCUUGUUGUGUGGGAUGCUUUAUUUGCUGACAGCAUCACUCUUGAUUUGGUUGACUACAUUUUCUUAGCUAUGUUGCUAUAUAUUAGAGAUGCCUUGAUAUCAAGUAAUUAUCAGACUUGCUUGGGCCUUCUGAUGCAUUAUCCACCUAUCGGAGAUGUUCAUUCAUUAAUCUUGAAAGCCCUUUUUCUCAGAGAUCCAAAGAGAAAUCCCAGACCUAUAGCUCACCAAUUCCAACAGAAUUUGGAUUACUACAAAGCACGUGGAGCUGACUUAAUGAAUAAAACUCGUAUCAAUGCAAAGGUUGCUCCUCUGAACAUAAAUAAAGUUUCCAGUAGCUUAUUGAAUUUUGGCCGCAAGCUGAUAUCCCCAGCAAUGACUUCUAGCAGUGCAACUCUUCCAGUUGCAGGUAGCAGUGGCAAUAUUUCUUCUGUUGUCAUGCCCACAAGAAGCACAGUAGAACUCCCUUCAUCUCAGCAGCAAAGAAUAAUGAAAUCUGAAAGUGUGCCAGUUCAGCUAAGCAAAGGAGAAGUAGUUAAAGGCAGUGAUGUUCCAAUAUCAGUUCCUGUCCAGAAUCUAAGUAACUUCCACGGAACAGUUACUACAGUAACAUAUGGGCAAAGUACAAAAAAUGGGAGUCCUUCUCCAAGCAUUGAAAGUUUUUCUGGAGGACGUGAAUCCACUGAAUCUCCUCCUUUGUCUGCAACCAAGAAGGAAUCUUUUUUUAGUACAAUUUCCCAUUCACGUUCUCAUAGCAGAAAUAUGAGCAAAAAAGAAUCCGAAGAAGAAUUAGAGACUCAGAUUUCAUUUCUUCAAGGACAAUUGAAUGAGUUAGAAGCUAUGUGUAAAUAUUGUGCAAAAAUGAUGAACAUACAUCUAGGAAAUAUUCAAGAAGUCAUCCUGCAAGAACACUUGGAAAAAGAAGAUGAAAUUUUAGUUUCUUUGGCUGGGCUGAAGCAGAUUAAAGAUAUUCUGAAAGGCUCCCUCCGUUUCAAUCAGAGCCAAUUGGAAGCAGAAGAGAAUGAACAGAUUACAAUAGAAGAUGAUCAUUAUUGUUCCAGCAAUCAGAGCAAGAAGGCAGUUGAAAACAUAGAAAACCCGUCAGCUCCAAAGCAGUCUGUCCCUCUAUUGAAGAAGGCUACUGGUCAUCCAGGUAGAAGUCUUGUCAAAAGACACAGUGAUGAUUAUAUCCUAGUUUCUAAAGAGGAAGGAAAAGUUAUUUCUGCUUCUUACCAGGAACAGAUUCUGCCUGCUUCCCAGGAUAUGAACAUGAAGAGUGAGGCUCCAUGUCACACUUCUUUAGCCUUCACUGAUCCACUGAUGGGAUCUAUGUCUGCCUCUUCAAGUAACCUCAGUUCUAGUCCUGAUGAUAGCAGCAGCAACAACAGCAAGGAUUCUGAUUUUACAAUUGUUAGCCCUCUUGAAAUGUAAGAGAGCUAUUCAAGAAGUUAGCAUCUCCUGUGCCUCAAGACUUGAUCUGUUGUGAUUUCAGAUUUAUAAGGCUAAACAUGUCAGUGAACAGAUACCAUCAAGGCAACCCAGGUUAACCAGAAACUAAAAACAAUAAACAUAUACUAAUUUCCUUUACAAUACACACAUGUAAUACCAAGAUGUAAUAUAUGAGUGCAAUACUUGCUGGUUUACUCCUAUUAACAGAUUUUUGAAACCUUGAUUAGUAAGUUUUUAUUCCCCCAACAUAUAAAAUAAAAUGCAUUGCAUAAUUUCAUGAAUUUACUGGAAAGUACCUACUCAAAUAUAGGGAAACAAAUGAAUAUAAAAAUAAUUUCAGAACCUGAUAGAUCAUAUAGGCUAUGAGUAGAAUCAGAUAUUCCUCUCAUCAGACAAGAGGAAUAAACAUUUCAAGUUAUAUCCCACUUCUUGUCUGGUGCUGCCUCCUGAAUUAUUUUCUGAAGAAGAAAAACAGCCAUAAUCACUUUAUAGAUGGUUAUGAACUACUGUUCAUGCAAAUAUUCAUACUUACAAAGUAAUACAAAUUCAAUGCCUUGAAACAAUUUGGAUUAUAGGUCUACUAGUCCUGAAUUAUGUUUCCUAACAUCUAGGAUGUAUUUUUACAGUUAUUUCAAGACUUCUGCCAUCCUACUUUGCCUAGGAACAAAGUUCAUUGGGAAUCUUAAUGCUGCAAUAUUCCUUAACCAUUUAGAAAGAGUCAUUUUUAAAUGUUAAUUUAAAUACAGGAUCUAUCUUUUCGCACUAAGGACAAAAAGGAUUCCUAAGAGUUUGAAUCUCCAUGCUGGUUGUGAUUCAUUCAAGGGCAGAUUUCUCUGUCAGUGCUGUAGAAAGCUAAAAUAUUUCUGGACACAGUUCAUUCUAUUAUCCUGACAAUUGCAAAAUAACUUUCAUAGGUUAGUGUCCAGUUUUGGGGAGGAGUUAGUUUUUCUUUUUUUUGGGGGGGGGGGUAUUUAGUAAAUAAUACAAGAAAUAGUUACAGCCCAAAGUGUAUACUUUAUUGAGGCACUCUGAUUUCUAAUUGGGUUCCCUUUUCUCAUGCAGCCAUUGCUAAUUCCACAGUAUUGUGCAAGAUUACACUUACUAAUUUUAUUGACCCAGAGAGGGGAAAAAUGAUGUAUGUAUUAAGAUUUAUUGGUCAAAAUCAUGGUCUUAUGCUGGUCUUUCUUCCUGGUAUGUGGUAUUCAUUCCAAGCAAACUGCAUUUUCAAAACUAUUUUGUUGCUUGCAAGUUGAAUGCUAUUUAACUACGUAGAGAAAUGGAUCUUGAAACCAAUAUAUCUUUUUGAUAUUGCAGCAAACUCAAAUAUAAGCUUUCUCCCCAUCUAGUUAACAAGAGAAACAUUUGUUCAGUGAUUUAGCCUCCAAAAACUAAUUCUCUACUGUAAUAAGUAAUCAACAGUUCUUAGAUAGAAAACUCCUAUAGCCACAGUAUAUGCAACCCAUUUAAAAAAUAUUUUUUUUCUGAAAAGGUUAGGUAUCAUUAUAUCUUGAACCCUUGGAACUAAUGAUGACAACAGUGUCUAAUAUAACAUGAUCAUUUUCGCCCUUCUGAUUGGUAAUAUCUCGGAGCUGUAUUCUUAAGCAAAACAUUCCUGGUACGUUUUAUUUUUAUUGGACACUCAGUGCUAUAGCCGUAAUCAUGAUUGAUAGGGCAUGAGACUGUGAACACUGGUGUAUAACAAUUUCCAUUACAAUUUCGAUGAGCAGUUCUUUUCUCUAUGAAUAGACAUGUGAAUCAUGAUAAUCCAAAGUAUAACCUGAUCACAAACUACAGAGAAUGUGGUUACACAGCAUACAGCUCUUUUUGAAUAUUACGCUAGAAACUUUCUAGAUGAUACAGAUGGAAUUUGAAGUAUUGAAAAAUCUACUGCUUUUUGAACUUGUUUUGAACUUGAUGUGAUAAAUUUAACUGAACUGACUGUCCUAGAAUUCAUUUGAUUUUUCCCAAAGUCACUUGGAUUUGUAAUGCACUGUCCUUUAGCCAUAGUUUUGCAUCUAUGAAUUGCUAUUAUAUAUGGCAAUUGUAUAAUUACAUGGUCAGAUAACUUGAAUGAGUUAUGAGAAGAUGCUCCCUCUGUUUUUUAAAAUUAGACAUAAUAUUGAGAGUUUAUAUAAAGAGCUUCAAAAUAUAUAAUUAGUAGAGUUAAUGAAUAAAGUCAUCACAUGACUGUUGAUCCAAAUGAAAAAUCUACAAAUGUUCUGGUUAUGCAAUUUUAAAUCUAAUACUCUUUUACUUAGACUUUCACAAAAUAAAUCACUUCAAGUGUUCAGCCCUAGAAUCUGCGUAGAUUUAUUUAAUUUCCUUGAUAUUUGUGAGGAUGAUAAAAGAGGAUUAAAUGGCUGUUGAUUAAUUUGAUGUGGCUAACCUUACUCCUUUCCACCCUGAAUUUUUCCUUUCUUACCAUACAUUAAAAGUGCCAUUUAAAGCAAAUUAUUUAAUAGUGGAAAAUGAGGCAGAAUAGAUGAGAAAAUAGUAAGUCACCUUCACUUUAUUGGAAGUAAAGAAAAAAUAGUUGGAUAAAGAUCUGGGUUUUUUGUUUGUUUAUUAGCUUUGCUUUUAUAUGUUUGACUCCUUUGCCUAUUUUAUGGUUCAAAUUAUUUUUCUUGUUAGAGCAAUUUUUGCUGUAAUAUGUUUGCCUUAUUUAGUAUGUAUUUACUUUCUCAAUGUUAUGCUUCUGGUUUCAUAUAAUAAACAGUACUUUGCUAACAGAGAAAGGUGAGUAAUUUCUUCAGAAAAGUCAAAUAUAUUAAUCCCAUGUUGUAAAAUUUAAUAAUAUACCAAACUUAAUUUUGCAUGGCAUUGGAAGUGUCAAUCAAAAAAGAUUAGAUCAUAAUAACAUAUUGCCUUCUACCAGGUAUACUAAGGUUCUCAAAUUAAAGCACCAAUUAAUUUUCUCUCUUAAGAGCAAUCUGCUCAUCUCAGCUAUUGUUAACACUAAGCUGACAGGAAAGAAUAUAGAGUAUAAAGGGUUCAUUAGUAUUAAUAUGUGGUGCUCUAAAACAUUUUUCAACCUAUUAGAAGCUCUUUUGGGUUUCUUGCAUCUUUACGGUUUCAUCUUUUGCAUGUCAUCUUACAUUGCUGAAGAAUGUUGAGAAUAAUUUAAUGACUAAUGUUCAUUUUUAUCUAUGAAAGGCUGUGUUUUUCCUCUCCUAAGAAUGAUUACCUACUUUAUUAAAGGAAGAAUUAACAAGCACA